UCCUCUUCUUCAUCUUCUCAGAAGGAUGUAAGAGUUAUGAACAGAAACAUGGAGUUGAUUGCCAAUGUAUCAGGGUUUUUCAAGAGUGUGGGCUCAUUAUUUACUGGAGGAAGUCCUAGCAAGCUGCUAACUGAUGUAUCCAUUAAUGUGAGCGCUGAAAGGGUACAGACUGACGGAUCAGAAACUGAAAACUCCGAAAAGGAUCUUAGUCUUUAUUCACCUUCGCGUUUGGUACACCAUCUCCCCGUGAAAGCUCCCCAUUCGAUUGGCUUGAAUCUUACCCAACUAUUUGAAACGUUCAAAGAGGAUUCAUUUCAGUUCUGAAUAGGUUUUGAAUAUAUGUUUUCAAGAUUCCUUAUGCAGCCGAUCUUCAAUUAUGUACAUCUAGUC